AUGGAAAUUGAAAUUGAAGUAAUGAUCAGUGAAGGCCUUUUCAUGGAGAAGGAGCUAAAGGAGAUUGAUGGAUUCAAGAGAGGAACUGAUUAUGUUGAAGUAAACUGCGGUUGCACCAGUCGACGUUACGGAGAUUCAAUGGCCCGACUUACGGUUUAUGCUAACGGUCAAUUCCUUAUUGCUUGCGAUUGUGCCCCAGGUUGCCAAAGCGAAAGAAUGACACCAUAUGAAUUUGAGAAGCAUGCAGAAAGGGAAGGAAAUAGUAGGUGGACAAGCCACAUUUGGGUGCUAAUCAACAACAAAAAGGUACCAAUCUGGAGAACACCAUUACUCAAGUAUUACAAGCUUACUGCAAAUAGAGCUAGCGGCUCCAAGAAACGAAUCUUCCACCGCGAUGAGUUCAUUUGCUGCUCCAAAUGCAAGAAAAAUCGCAGGUUUCGCUUGCGGAAUAAGGAGGAACUUAGAAUCUACCAUGACUCUUUGCUCAACAAAAGAUGGCAGUGUUCUGAUAGCCCUUAUCAUAAUAUAAGCUGCAAGGUCGAAGAAGAGCGUGCUAGCCGCAAGAACUGCAGAGGUUGCCCUCGUAGGUCGAGCUGCAAAGGCUGCACUUCUUGUGUGUGCUUUGGGUGCCUAAAGUGCAGGUUUAUCGAUUGCAGCUGCCGAACCUGCGUGGACUUCAUGCAAAACGCUGAACCUAAUUGAUUCGAUGCAUACGAGUCAUCGUUUAGUUCGAGUUGUGCAUCACAAUAACUGAAUUCUUUUGUUUGAUAGAGAGGAACAAUGUCAGAUUCUGAGUUUCUGCAAAUGCUUUUCAAAAUUUCCGUAUUCAUUUCUCAUUGAACAGUACUGCCAUUUGCCAUAUCAUAAUAAAUUAUACAUUUUCAUUGCUAUUUUAACUCAAUGUAUGACUAGG